CGCUGUGUCCGCGGAUAUGACCAUUCUCCACCGGAAGAUGGCGGACAGGAGUCUCGUCCAGGAGCUGAAGCGAUGGGCGACAGAAGAGUUCAACCUGCCCCCGGACAGUCUGCCAAAUGACAGCUACUUCAAAACGCUCUGUGUUGGGACAGGGAAGUCAAUAUGGAAAUAUGCCAUCCAACACGUCUUCCAUCAGAGGAACGUGAGGAUCAUGCGUGGGAAUCUGCAGUGGUACAAAGUUCUUCAGGACAAAGAGCUAAAGCAGACUGAGGGCCAGAGUGAGGCUGCAAAGCAGAGAGAGCUUCAGAGGAAGAUAGAGCAGAUGAAGGCUGAGAUCAGUCACCUGGACUCACAGAUCAGUGGAACAGAGGAACAGCUGGCCACACAAGAGCAAUCUAUCAGUAGUACCUGGUCCCAGGUGGAGGAUAGUCGGCGCAGAGAGCUGCUUCUCCAGGCUUUCAGACAGCGCUGUGUCCUGGGCUGCAAUGUGCUGUCUGAUGAUACACAAAAGAUCAGUGUGCACUGUCAGGCACUGGAACAGAUGGCCAGGAAAGCGGAGAUUGAAGUUCUGUUUGAUAAGUCUUCAAGUAGUAGUGAUGGUGACAACCUCAACUCCAAAUCCACCUCGGAAGCGCAGGUCAUGCGUGAAGUCAGAGAGCUGUGUGACGACAGGGUCCACUUCUAUCAGUCUUUACAAGAGAGUGAACUGAAAACGGGGCACUCAGCAGCCAAACAUAUGACUCGUGAACAGAGGACUGCCAUGUUUCAGUACUGGUUGAGUGCUGUGGAGAACGUGUUAGGUGGUUACCCUCCAAACCAUGUUCUGUCAGCAUUACAAUAUUUGGCUUCCAGAGAACAGAAGGAACUGGAGGACAAACUGGCUUCUCUGGAUGUGACUCGGGAUGUGACAGCUCUGCGGUUCCGCUAUGACAGCAAUCACCUGCUGGACCUGUCAGCAGAAGAGGAUAAUGAGUUGCCCCCGGUUAAGACCCUCUUACAGGAUGCUUGGGAGGAUGUGGAGCAGAGUCUGGUGGAACUGGCCCAGACUCGCUCCAGAGUCCAGCAGCUCAAAAAUCAGCUGCAGGCCCGCAAGAAGGAGGCUGAGCUGGAGGUGUCUUGUAUUGCUGAUGAACUCCACAAUGACACUUUGGCAAUGUCCGUUGUAGAGCUGGAACUCCAGGGUGUGAUGCAGGCAGCAGCCAGAGAUCACAUCAGAGAUCGCUGUAUCCAACUGGACCAACACGCUAGGAGCCGCCAGGAGGCUCUCAGAAACCUCCGCAGCCAGUGGCAAAGCAUUCUGGACUUCAGACAACUAGUGGUUCUCAGACAGGAGCAGAUCAGAGGUCUGAUUAAAGGGAACUCCACGGCCAAGACAGAGCUGAUCCAUCUGCACAGAGAGUUACAGGAUUUCCUCCAGAAUAAGCUGGUGCCACAGUUUGAUGACGUCACUGCUGCAGCCAACAGUCUAAGGAACUCUAUUUCAAAAGAUGCCAGACAGUUUGGAAUGGUUUCACUCUUUGCUCUGGACCGCAGGACUGUUGAAGGAAUGCAGAGAAUCCCUGCAUCAUCCUUGUCCAUCCAUCGCCUGCAGUCCUCAGCCUUCAGCAGCAUGCGUCAGAGCCUGGCCUUCCCACUGUACAAGGCUCCAGAGGAUUUGUGUUUACACGCUCGCUCUCAGCAGCUUGAGUUACGUUUCCUCCGUCAGUUAUUGCAACUUCACUCUGCUACUCUUCAGAAAAUACAGAAGGAAACAGAAAUGUUGCAUGCAUCUGAUCAAAAAGCCUUGCUGUCCAGAGUUGUAGAGGAGGAUCAGAAGCUUCUGAAGAGUCUGGUACCAAGAGUCAGAGGCCUCACCCAACGUUGUACACAGGGGAUUUCUUAUGGAGACCAAGUCAAAACAGCCAUCUCAUACUGGUGGGAUCAACCAGUCCAGCAUGUCCUCCCUGAAGCCAGUAAAGGAGGAAUGACUUUUCAACAGUGGCUACAAAGAUGGAAAAUAGCUGCCAAUGCCUCCUAAGGGACACCUCUUAGUAAAUAUGAAGGAGAUCCCUUUAAGCACCUCUCAGUGGUGAAAUGCUCAUGCUGUCAGGGCUGGACUACCAACGUACAGAGUGGGCUACUGUCGCAGAUCCAUAGGUCAUGUCAAAUCAGUUUGAUUAGGUAUUAAUGUGUUAUGUUGUGUUCACCAUUAAAAUAUAAUAUCAACUAAAUCUGGUCUUGUCUUGUGGUGGCGCCCUGGGUCAAACCCUAUUGUAAGAACCUCAUUAUUUUAGUUUAUACUGUUCUGAAGUAGAACAUGGUCCCAAACAAAGUUGUGUUUAGUCAAAUCCCCACAGACUAAGAUAUACUAAGCGUUAUUGCAGCAUGGGAGGUUUGGUUGAACAGGACUUACUGGAAACUUGGUAGACGGGGUGGGGUGAACACAGCAGCAUAUUUUUACCUGAGGGCACCUUGACAGACUGCAAUAAGUCAAUUAGUCACAAAAAUGUCAAACAUUUUAUGGCUUUUAGCUUCUCAAAUACAAGAAUUUUCUGCUUUUCUUCGUCUCAGACUAGUUUCCACUUGAGAUGUCCCAGGUUGUGGACGCUUGGUUGGACAAAACAAGACAUGAUGAUCCUACACGGUGCUGUAGGAUGUUGUGACAACGAUCACUGAUUUACUAAAUCUAUUGCAGCCCUAAGCAAUAAUGGUUGUCUAUAAUCCUAGUUUUCUUUCCUAGGCUCUUCAUGCUCCUCCUCUGUACCAUGUGAAAGUCAGUUACUAAUAAAUACAAAUCCAAGA